GUAACCAAGCGACUUAGGGAAGGAGAAGUUACCAUCUACUUGGGCGAUGCUAGUAGAGCAUCAACAGUUGCAGUGGGAGUCGUCUAUUUGGAUUUUGGCUUAGAUAGGUUUCUAGUUUUGAAAGAUUGUCUUUAUGUUCCUAGUUUUAGAAAGAAUUUGAUUUCAGUUUCUAAGUUGUUUAUGAACAAUUUUUCUGCUACUUUUGAUAAUAAAGUUGUUAUUCGUUUUGGCAAAAAGUUCAUAUAUUCUGGUUCAUUAGCUGACAAUCUAUACAUUCUAGAAUCUAAGUCAUCUCCACUGCAACAGAAACAAUUACUUAAUUCCUCAUCUAAUCUAAAUAAGAGAAAGGAACCUUCCAAAAUGAAUGAAACAUAUCUUUGGCAUUUAAGACUUGGUCACAUUAACCUUAGGAGGAUUCAAAGGUUGGUAGCAGACGCACCCUUGGGGUCGCUAGAAGUCGAGGGUUUUCCAACUUGUGAGUCUUGCCUGGAAGGCAAAAUGACUAAGAGGGUUUUUAGUUCAAAGGGACAUAGAGCCGAAGAUGUGUUAGGGCUAGAUCAUUCUGAUCUAUGUGGGUUUUCUUACAAGUUAUGUGCAAGGGCAAAGCGAGAUGUAUGGAGAAUCACUACUUUGAAACUCGAGCAUAUAUGCGAAGGGAGUUUGACGCACAAUCGACACCGUUCGGCUAAUUCCAAGGUUCUCGCUCAUAUUUACGCACCAACUAUUCAGACAAAUCCCCAGACGGUAUCUACACGGAGAAUUAUUGAACAAAUGCGAGAGGAGCAUGGUUUGUCGAUCAGCUACAAUGUGUCCCUCCGAGCAAGACACCGUGCUUUUGAAAAAUUUUAUGGAGGUCAUGAAGAAUCCUGGGGGCGGCUUCCCAGUUACUUGCACAUGUUGCAGGUUCAUAAUCCAGGUACAAUUGUCGAACUGCAACGAGAUGGCGAGGUAUUCCAACACUUGUUCUUUGCUCUAGGAGCUAGCAUUGAGGGCUUUCAACGAGCUGGUGUCCCAGUGAUUGUGAUAGAUGGUACCCACUUGAAGGGAAAAUACAAGGGCAUUAUAUUUGUUGCAGCCACAUUGGACGGAAAUAACCAAAUCUUUUCCCUCACAGUUGGUAUUGGUGAUGUAAAGCGUCGUGAGACUUGGAGUUGGUUUUUGACUCAAUUGAAAAGGGCCCAUGGUUGUCCUGAUAACCUCCUCAUCAUAUCGGAUAGACAUGAGUCUAUCAUAUAUUAUGUCCCAAUAGUGUUCCUCGAGGCGCAUCAUUCAUUUUGUUGUUAUCACAUCACAAAACAAAUGAGGUCUUUUGGGAAAUCUGUCUUGGACAUAUUUUACAAGGCGGCAUGUUGUUAUCGGCGUGAAAACUUCUAUCGUUACUUGUCAUCCCUCCAAAGCCUAAAACCUGAAGCAUUUAAAAAGCUAACUAAUGAAAUUCCGGUAAAUGCUUGGGCGAGGUGUUCUACACCUGUACAACGCUAUGGAUUCAUGACAUCCAAUUCAUGCGAAAGUUUGAACAACAAACUCCGUUGGGCCUGGAUGUUACCCGUUUGCUCGUUGUUGGAGUGUGUUCGAGCAACGAUAGAGAAAUGGUUUGCUGUUCGGUGUGCAUCCGCCGAGGGUCGCAAUCAUCCGCUAACGCAGUGGACUCAAUUGUGGUUAGACUUUUUGUUCGAGAAAGGUCGUACUCUAUCCAUUACCACACUCGGCAUGCAACGUUAUAGGGUUAUGGAAGAAACACGAUCCUACGUGGUAGAUUUAGAGGCAAGAACAUGUGAUUGUCGUGUGUUUGAAAUAGAUCUACUACCUUGCUUACAUGCAUCUACGGCUAUUCG